AUGGGCCACCCACAAUACUACAUCACCACCAAAGGUCUUCAAUGGGCUACACCACUACCUCUCGGCCGAAUCAUCAUUCUAGCAUGCUACUGGGUCGUUGUCGUCUAUAUGAUGAGCUGGCAAGUAGCAAAAAACGACGUGUACUACUGGGAACGUAUCGGUUAUCGCAACGCAUGGGUCACUCUGAUGCAGUUUCCCCUGGUCUACCUAUUAUCGACAAAAGUCAACCUUGUCGGAUUCCUCGCAGGUACCAGCCACGAAAGACUCAACUGGCUACAUCGAUGGGUUGCGCGCACAAUGUUUGUCACCGCAACGGUUCAUGGGUUUCAUUUCUGGACCAUGUGGGUACGUGCUGAAUUCCUCGAAUACGCCCUCGAGAUCAUGCCUCUGGUCAAGUAUGGACUGGCAGCAUGGGCCAUUCUCCUUUGGAACGUCGCAACUGGUAUUGUGCCUAUUCGAAGGCUUUCGUAUGAGGUGUGGGUAGCUCAGCAUGUUGUCACUAGUAUCGUUAUGCUGUGGUUGCUCUACAGGCAUAUUCCCGCCAAUGCCCGCUGGCUUCUAUGGAUGAGUAUCUCGUUCCUUGUUUUCGAUCGCGCCAUGAGAUGGAUUCUUCUCUUGUGGCAGAAUGUUCGUCUGCGACCCCAAGGAACAGCGUGUCAGGGCAUGAAGCAUUUCGGACAUCGUGUGGCUGCUCGGGUUGUUGGACCAGCGACCACCGUAAUCACCAUCAAGGAUGUGCACUUCAAGUGGAAGGCUGGGCAGCACAUAUAUCUCUGGCUUCCACGUCUAGGUCUCUUCGAAGCGCAUCCGUAUACAAUUGCUUGCGCGCACAAGCUCGAGGGAACGUGUUGUUGCAACAGUAUACAACUUGUCGUACGCGCCCAUGCUGGGUUCUCCAAGCGUAUCCACGAGUAUGCGACAAAGAACACAGCUUCUGAACUUACAGGUUUCGUAUCAGGACCAUAUGGUGUUCCCCCACAGUGGGACAUUUACGAGACGCUCGUACUGAUCGGAGCGUCGACGGGAGCGAGUUUUGUUGUUCCCAUCCUCGAGAGUGUCGCAGCCGCGCAAAGAGCGAAUUGCACACGAAGAGUCCAAGUUGUUCUUACAGCAAGAACAGCGCAAGAAAUUGAAUAUUACGUCGAAAGAGCCGAAGAAGCUGGUCGAAUGGUGCGCGCAAAGGGUAUCGCGGUCAGCAUCCACAUCGCAGUUACAGGGUCCAGCAAUAAAACACAAGGCCCAGUUUUCGUUUCUCAGCCCGAAUCAGAAUCGUCAAGAUCGAGCGACUCUGACGACAUUCAACCCGUCAAGGGAUCUACAGGAUGUUGUUGCGGCAGCGGCACAGACGAGAAAGGGUGUCCGAGCGAUUCACCGUGUCGCGUGGAAAAGUCCAUCUCGGCGCCAGAGCUUGUUCGGGAAUAUACGUGCCGCCCAGAUAUCGAGGCCAUGAUUCGAGAACCAGUAGAGCAAGCUUGGGGGGAGACAGGGGUUGUCGUUUGUGGUGGACGUGAGAUUGUGGCGCGGACGAGGAAUUGUGUUGGUCGUUUGAGUGAUGAAAGAGCUGUACAUAAAGGAACUGGUGCGCAGGGUAUAUAUCUCUACGUGGAGGAGUAUUCAUUCUAG